GGCGGCGGCUCCCGCCCACAGGGGGCUACAGGACAGGCAGAGGGAGGCCGCUGCCGGGCAGGGCGGGGUUUCUGACCAGGGCUGGCCGCCGGCUCUCGCUCGUUCUCCGGUCGGUGUCCGGGGCUGGGUCCCGUCCGAGCCCCUGGGAGCCCGGGUCGGGCCAGGAGCCGCCAUGACGGGCAGUAAUAUGUCUGAUGCCCUCGCAAAUGCAGUGUGUGAGCGCUGCCAGGCUCGCUUUGAUCCCUCGGAGAGAAUUGUGAACAGCAAUGGGGAGCUCUAUCAUGAGAACUGCUUUGUUUGUGCUCAGUGUUUCCGACAGUUCCCAGAUGGACUCUUCUAUGAGUUUGAGGGUCGAAAGUAUUGUGAGCAUGAUUUCCAGAUGCUGUUUGCACCCUGCUGUGGGCAGUGUGGUGAGUUCAUUAUUGGACGUGUGAUCAAGGCAAUGAAUAAUAAUUGGCACCCAGAAUGCUUCCGUUGUGAGCUCUGUGAUGUGGCACUUGCUGACCUAGGCUUCGUAAAAAAUGCUGGCAGGCACCUGUGCAGGCCUUGUCAUAAUCGGGAGAAAGCCAAGGGGCUAGGCAAGUAUAUCUGUCAGAAGUGCCACCUGAUAAUUGAUGAGCAGCCUCUGAUGUUCAGGAAUGACUCCUACCAUCCAGAUCACUUCAACUGCACCCACUGCGGGAAGGAGCUGACUGCUGAGGCCAGGGAGCUGAAAGGGGAACUCUAUUGCCUGCCCUGCCAUGACAAGAUGGGUAUCCCAAUCUGUGGAGCCUGUCGCAGGCCUAUCGAAGGACGAGUGGUCAAUGCUCUGGGGAAGCAAUGGCAUGUUGAGCAUUUUGUUUGUGCCAAAUGUGAGAAGCCAUUUCUGGGGCACCGCCACUAUGAGAAAAAAGGACUGGCUUACUGCGAGACUCACUACAACCAGCUCUUCGGAGAUGUCUGCUACAACUGCAGCCACGUGAUCGAGGGAGAUGUGGUAUCAGCUCUCAACAAGGCUUGGUGUGUGAACUGCUUCUCCUGCUCCACCUGCAACAUCAAGCUCACACUGAAGAACAAGUUUGUGGAGUUUGACAUGAAGCCAGUGUGCAAGAAAUGCUAUGAAAAAUUCCCUCUGGAGCUGAAGAAACGUCUGAAAAAGCUGUCUGAGCUGGCCUCCAGGAAAUCGCAUCCCAAAGCUGUGGAUUUAAACUCUGCUUAAAUAGGUCUGUCAUUCUGCUGACUGCACUUCUAUCCUCACAGACUGCAACUUGCAGCAGCUACUGAUCACAAAGGGAGCUGUUAAGAAUGCCUGAAACAAACCACAGACAAACAGUACCUCCUCCAGCUUUUGUUACUGCAGCUUUCACCCUGAAUGUCCCUUUACUCAGGCAGUUGCAAAUUAACACUGACAGCAGGGGGAGUUUGGCCUCUGCUGAGGGGGUAGGGCAGAGCAGUGGGUAUGGUAGUUAACUGGCAUUAUUCUGCCAUUGAUCAGAUGUACACCAUUUGUUUUUCUGUCCUUCAUCUUUUCUUCAAUGAGCUGAAGUUCUCUCUCCUGUAGCCUGAGGAAUUUGGAAAGAACAGUGGUUUAAAUAUCAGAUGGUGAAACGUGCAGAUUGUUCAACACCAGUUAUAAGUAUCAAGGAUUCUUUAAACGACUUGUAUGCAGAGCUUUUCACCUAUAGGACAAUGUUCUGAAUGUGGCCCAAAAUUACCACCAUCUGAUAACUGUUUGGUAUGUCCAAAAUGAGCUGGUCUUUGUCUAGAUUCCCAGUGAACAAAUAUCCACAUCACAAAAACUGCCGCAGCAAUCGUCCUUCUUGACACCCUUGUUGACAUUUUAUCUAGGCAAGGCAAGGCAAGGAGUGAAUGGGCACAGAGUCUGUGCUACCUACUCAACUCAGUCCAGGCCAGAGUGGAUGUAUAGUGUCUGGGCAGUGCACAGAAGUUGUGCUACUCUUUUCCUGGUUGAUGCAUAGAGGAUUUCAAUCUCUGAGGCUCUCAGUUUGAUACUUUUCAAAAACACUCAAUUCCCUUACAGUUGAAGGGGGAUAUGUAGUGCGAGGGUGAAGGCAGUGCAUGCCAGGAACUAAUAUUCAAUGUUUACUUGCCAGUUCUCCAUUAGAUCAUUGAUAGUCAGGGCUUGGAAUUGCCCAGUGUAAUAUAAUACCCUACCCACUGACACACCUGCCAUUACCCUCUACAGUACCUGCACUUUGACUAGAGGUGUGGUUACUCUUUUGCAUAACAAAAACCCAGUUGGCGGAUCUGGUAACUGUUGAACACUUCAGUCUGAGCCAAGCCUUUUCCUUUGUUUGAAUGGAAAGACUACCUUCUCAGCUCAGUUUCCAUGCACUCCGUGUAUGUUUACACUGCAGUUAAAAACCCAUCGCUGGCCUGUACCAGCUGACUUGGGUUAAUGGGGUCUGGGCUGUGGAGCUGUUUAACUGCAGUGCAGACUUCUGAGCUUGGGCUGGAGCCUGGGCUCUAGGACCCUUAGAGUGAACCAAGAGAGCCUUCAGACUCAUACCUAUAAAUCUUGUAGGAAGACACUAGCUGUGUCCACGCUACCAUUUUGCACCUUGCUAUUACUGAUGCAACCUUGUUGGUGGUAGCACCAGUGAAUGCUGUCGUGUAGACGGGGCACUAAACAGCUUCUAGUGUUUUAGCCAUUUGGGCAUGUCUUCGCUGCAGAAUUAACUUAGGUGAUUGGUGCCUGGCUUAGCCUAGCUUAGGUGUAACAGGCCACACAGCAGAGCCCUACCCAAGUUACUGUGUACUCAGUGGUGCUGCAGUCACCUGUCUGAGAUGUUAGGACUUCCAGAGGCACAUGAUACCCCAUGGUUCUUACCACUGCAGUAAGCUGAACCACUGUGAUUCUUUCCCAGUGAAUAAUGGGAGAACUUGUCUCUCCUGGGUGCAGAAGGGGAAUUGUGGGAAGGCACUGGAGGACUAUCAGCACUUAAGUGAUUUAGCCUGUGUCCUUGCUGCAGAGUGGAUAGGUUACCAACUCAAUAAGCUUUAGCCUAUACCCACAGCUGGGCCAAUGAGCCCCGGUGUAAAGCAACACCAUACUUGGGUGAGAGGUUUUUGUGUGUGGAUGGGAGCUGGGUUAAUGCUGCAGGGAAGACAUAUCCCCUGUUGUCUAACCCUGCUUAGAGUAAACACACACAACCUGGUGGCUAAAAUGCUGAUGGCUGCUCUACACAAGAGCACUUGCUGUUGCUGCCACUAGUGAAGCUGCACCAGAGAUAGUAAUGUUGAAAAAUAUUAGGGGAAGAGGUUAGUGCAGACAAGAACUCCCCGUGCAAGGCUCCUGGUUAGUUAGCUGCUUUCCUAAUACACCUCUACCCCAAUAUAACACUGUCCUCAGGAGCCAAAAAAAUCUUACCGCGUUAUAGGUGAAACCGCGUUAUAUCAAACUUGCUUUGAUCCGCCGGAGUGUGCAGCCCCACGCCCCCGGAUCACUGCUUUAUCACGUUAUAUCUGAAUUCGUGUUAUAUCUGGUCACAUUAUAUUGGGUUAGAGGUGUACCAACUGCCUUUAGCUGCUUUACUUUCUGCGGUAGUAAGCUACCGUAACUCUUUUAACACCUGUGCACUGCUCCGCAAUGGCACUUGCGAAGGGGUGGACUCUCUGAUCUAAUUAGAGAGCUUGCCUGUCUUCCACUGUGACUAUCAAUCUGCACAAUAACCUAGACAGUAUUAUUUUUGUCACUGUUUAAUAGCACUUGAGGACAGCUCUUGUUCUUCUCUAGCCUUUGGCCCAUCCUUCAGGUAUGAGCACAAGGAACUGCACAAUUGAAGGCAAUCUUAAGUGGCCACUGCUGGGACCAGUCCACUAUGCUUAUUCUCUCUAGAGUUUGGUUGAAGGACUAAAGCACAGGCCUUUCAGGCCCAUGAGCAUUCACAAUUCAUUAUGCUGAUUCCUCCCUAGUCUGAAGCAUGCAGCUCCUUUCCCCAUGCCCUUGGUCACAGGAAGGAGCCCAGUGCUGAAUCUGGGCAGCGGGGUAUUUUCAGCUGAUUCAUCAGUCCUAGUUCAAGAGAAUUUCCUGGGAAGAUGGCAAUAGGACACUUGGCAUCAUAUCUGCUUGUGAAUAUGCAAAAAUUGAGUACUUCAUGGACAGUAGUUGUCUUCCAGACCAGCUCAAAUCUCGUCAGCUGUGUUUCCUGCGGAGGCCACUCUUGAGUUUAACAAUGGAAAAUGCAAAUACGUGGUUAAACAUGUGCAUGUAGAGAUGAAUGUGAAUGUCUUUGUACUGUGAGAAGAGAUGCAGUGAGGACUCUUAUCUCCUCUCUAAUAUUUAAAUUCAGUAGAUUAGGCGAGGGCUUGCUAGUACUUAAGGGAAAAGACACCCAUAGACUCUGAACUUUAUAAUAUAUGGAUAAUCAAAUGUCUUAAAGUGUCUCUUUUUAACUAUUAAUCUGACAAAUAUUUCACUAGAGUCCUGCUUUGUAGAGCACAUGGUUGUCUAUAGAGUUACAAUAUCAGAUUUGAGAGACUGAGCAACCAAGAGAGUUAUGGGAAGUAACUACAGAACAGCUUGGAAACAUUCGUCUUUCCUCAGAUUCCACCUUUGGAAAAGUAAAUGGCGUAGGAUGUAAAGUAGAUGUGACAGGAUCUGUGGACUUCUUUAGGGCAGAGUCUUUUGGUGUGAUGGAUUUGUCAGUACCUUUGUGUUCCUCAUAAUGCUGCAGUCAGGGGAGACUCUGUCUUUCAUAGAAAGAUAUUUAAGACUAAGAUGUGUGUGUUUUCCUUUGCUCUAAAUUCAGAAAGUCAAAUUCAUUCUUGCUGUCACUUGAUUAUCCUCUGUGGUGUUAUAUCAAGGAUGAAUUUGGUUCAAAAGGCUAAACUUGUAUUACUUACCAAAAGCAGCUGUCCACUGUAUACUUUCACAGUUUUAAAUCUAUAUUUAUAUACAUAUUUAAAAUAAAUCACUAAUGCUCACUGACUACACUUGAAGAUGGCAAAGCUUUUAGCAACUGCGAUAUGUGCAGCUUACUCGUAUUCAAGGGGAAUAUUAAUCACUUCCUUAAUAUCCUUCCUUAUUACAAAACAAACUGCUAUAUGUUUUCUCUAGGGUUUGGGUCCUGGUCCUUACCCUCACAGUUAUCCACGCAACAUUAGCAAAAAUUGUUUAACCUUCCAUGCUCAGAGUUUCCAAUGCCAAACAUUUUGUAUUGGGUGAUGUAGACUUCUGGGACUGAAGAGGUUAAGUGUUAAUUUGAAACAUAUAGCAGGGGAGGCAUGGUUCACAGAUAAACCUGUGAUUAAAGCAGUUGUUCUUAAGAGAUGUUUAGUUCUUAGUUUGUAAAGCACUCUUAGUGCUAAGGAUUAUAUAGAAUGAAUGAAGGAAAUGUAUUAAUACCAAAGGGACAAGCCCCCAUUUCUCUAUCACAUGGCAUGUAUUCUGCAGACUGCGGAUUUCUUGUCUUAUAGUACUUCUGAGUUCGUGAUGUCUAACCAAAAUCUGUGACUGCUGGACUAAAAUAUUAUAAUCUCCACCUGUUAUGUACGUUCUUGUAAUAAAGUUAACUGCAAUACAUUUUAAAUCUUCACACUAAAGAUUAAAAUAUAAAAACUA